AAGUAAUAUAAAUAGAAUAAACGUAUAAAGAGAAACUUUGGACAAAAUGGUGCAUUCUUUUCUUUACAACGAUUCUAGCGAAGACGUUGGUUUAAAAUUCAAGGAUUAUAUUUAUGUGGAUGGUACUGAAGAUAUGGACAGAAUAUAUUACCCAGGAAAAAUCGAAAAUCUACGCAAACCUUGGAUACAAGAACCACAUUUUAUUCUUACGGUCAUUGUGUACAGCAUCUGUUUUAUAGUUGGUCUCAUUGGAAACGGUUUGGUAGUUUUUGCUAUGUGCGCUGAUAAGAAGAAUCGAAGUGUGACUACUUCGUUUCUGGUUAGUCUUGCUUUGGCAGAUUUACUCUUCUUGAUGGUCUGUGUGCCGUACGAAGUGACCAAAAGUUCAAUAGCGCAUUGGUCCACUGGAAUUUUUUUGUGUAAAUUCACUGGAUUCAUCGAAAUGUUAACAGCCGUUGGAUCGAUUUUCAACCUUACAGCGGUCAGCAUCGAAAGAUACAUCGUCAUUGUCCAUCCUAUGAGGUCUCGUUUGUUAUGUACCCUGGGUAAUACCAGGAAGAUACUAUGCGUCUUAUGGAUAAUUUCCAUAUUCAUUUCUUGUCCGGCCUUGUACAUGAUGGGCACAGAAUCUCAGAAAUUCCACAACAAUGGAACUGAAGUAAUGUUGAUAUACUGCGUAGACGCGACACUCCCGAGAUUUCAACAAUUGGCCUACUGUAUUUACCAAUUCGUUACAAUGUUUGUAGCUCCUACAUUUAUUUUGGCGAUCUGCUAUUCAAAGGUUAUAUACGUGUUGUGGGUCAGCACAAAGCAACUGGCUCAGAUGACUUUCACAGAAAGACGCCAAGACGAAUUUAAUGAAGAAAGCAAGCAGAAGCAAUCUUUCAGAGGCAUGACCAGUAACCGUAAUUACCGUACUUUGGCAUCACCAACCAGUUCCGGUAUUAAUGAGCGUGCAAGCAGUACUGAAUGCUGCAACAGCGCUGCUAACAAAACUGGUUGUGGAAGCGGUAACUGCGUUAGUGGCGGUGCAUGUAAAAAAGACUCUACUCAAACGCAGACUCCUGAUCAUAAGAAGUCACCCCGCCCAUGCCCUGUACUGAAACGCAUGCCCAAAGAGCAAAGUGCUGAAGUGUUACAUAAACGUAGGCAGGUUAUCAAAAUGCUCCUUGCAAUUAUUUUGAUCUUUUUGCUAUGUUGGGGCCCAAAGUUGCUAUUCCGACUAAUGAGACGCGUUGAUACUGCUCCAUAUUUCACAAGUCAAAGUUUAUUCAUCAAGAUAAUCUUCGACUUUUCGCCGUACAUUCAGUCAUGUAUUAACCCAGUGGUGUAUUUCUUCAUGUCACGAAACUUCCGUAAGAGCAUGCGCUAUGUGUGCCAGAAAUACUGCCAUUGCUUUGAGGGCAGUGGCGCGAAAGAUGUAUUCGAACUUGAGACGAAAACCAUGGACGGUAACAGCAUUACAACCAGAGACGAAACUUCUCAUCCACCGGAUGACUGAUGUCUACAACGGUGCAUGACUUCUGUUCCCAGUUUCCUAGAACAAUAUAAGGUCUGUUGUACUUGCAUCGAUUUGUUGCUUUUUCAGCGGUCAAUUUUCCUUAUUUUCAAAGUAUGGACAUAUUCUGGUUUUGGAGUGAUUUGUCUAUGUCCUAUGGACAAUCCAUUCGACAGAUAGAAUUGUAAAUAGUUUUGGCAGUAGGUGGUACCUUUCGGGUAUUUUGAUAUUUUACUUGUAUGGUACAAUCACCACAUUCUAUAGUUUGAAGGUGGCCCUGUCUUUAUUUUGCCAGGUAUUUAGCAUAUAUUUCUGCUCCGAGAUAUCAAACCCAUGUGGAAUGUGAUGUAUUUAUCGCAGAUUCAAAACAUGCUCUUCCUGUCAAUAUUGGUAUUCUCUAUUUUGUGGGAUCUGAGCCCUUAAAUAACUUUCUGCUUCUUUGAAGACUUCUUCUCCCACAAAUUUUUGUUAAGUCUAGCUACCUUUAGCUUAUAUAGAACAGCUGUAUAGUGCCUCUCAAGAUGUUACUUUUCACUGUUGCGUAGUUGUGAUAUACUCAUUUGACCGUUUACAGGCGUUACUUAAAAGAUAUGAUGCGGUACUCAGAGGAUGUCUGAUCUGACCUUGUGACUCUACUUCAGUUCAUCCGUCUAAUAUUGUCAGUAUCACUGUUGAAGUGGAAAUUACCAGUGCUGCUUAAUACCUCCCUAAUAUUCUUUUCUGUUCUAGGCACAAGGUCUAAAGUUUCGGGGAAGGGGGCCAGUCGCUUACAUUGACCCCAGUACGCAACUGGUACUUAAUUUAUCGACCCUGAAAGGAUGAAAAGCAAAGUCGAACACGGCGGAUACCUCCCUAAUAUUGAUGUACAAAUUGUGGCUCUCUUCAAACGUCUAGCCUAGUAUUCCAAAUUGUGGUACUAGUUCUAAUAAUGUCAAUGCAUUCUGGGAUAUGAGCUUACUGAACGCAGAUAGCGCUGGCCCUUUACAUUUCGAAGUCUGCCACAGUAUUCCUUUGUCACUCUAUUUUUAAUCACGGCACCAACAUAUCUACAGAGUUCUCAAUUCCGCGAUACUUGGAACAUUCAUCACGGGAGAUAGUGUAGAUAGACAGCCCGUUGAUAUUUUCAUUCCUCGUUUGAUCAACAACCCAUCGACUGACUACCAAAAAUAUAAAUUCUUAUUCUAACUAAACUCCAUUCUUAUGUCCUAUGGGAAUGUAAUGCUCUUUAAGAGAGAAUAUUACCAGAAUACAACUUCAGAACAUCUAUUAACCUUCCUCCUCUCUUGACAUUAACUUCCCUC